UGGUGGUACAUGAUGCUUUCUCUGACAGCUGCUGAAUUAUUUUCUCAGAUGCCUCACCACUGGUUUUGCUUAUAGUAGUUUCUUCCCAGAAAUCAGAAGAAACAAUUACUUAAAAUCAAUGGUUUGAAAUUUCACUAUUACACAGUCAUGGGGAAUAGCUGUUCGUGUUUUAGAAUUACGAGUCCCAGGCAUGGCAGUAAGAAUGUGGAAGACACCUACUUACCAGAGGCAGAAAUUCAGCCAGAAGAAAGUGCAUCAAAUUUGCAGCAUAUCAGUGAAAGAGAGCCAGAGGACUUGGAGAGUGACCCAUCGUCUCAUCCAACGGCUGGUCCCCUGUUUAUGCAGAGGUCAAAAAGUGAUGCCAGAAAUUGUCGAGAAAAACGUAAGAGCCAAACAAAUCAGUUAUUUGAAUCCCGCCCAUUAAAGAAGUCUAGUUCAUGUUCAACCAUAUAUUUGGAUGAUAGUACAGUCAGCCAACCCAAUUUGAAAAAUACAAUAAAAUGUGUCACUCUGGCAGUUUUUUAUCACAUACGUAAUCGGUCAUCUAAUAAGAUGUUGGAUAUUUUUGAUGAACGACUUCAUCCUUUAUCUAAAGAUGGUUACCCAGAAGACUUUGAAGAACGAGACCCAGAUCAUAGGUCAAUCUACAAGUUUGUAAGAACAUUGUUUAAUGCUGCACAGUUAACUGCUGAAUGUGCCAUCAUUACGUUAGUAUACUUAGAAAGACUUCUAACAUAUGCUGAGAUAGAUAUUGUGCCUAGUACAUGGCGAAGGAUAGUGUUGGGUGCUAUUCUUCUAUCUUCCAAAGUAUGGGAUGAUCAGGCUGUGUGGAAUGUGGAUUACUGUCAAAUCUUGAAAGAUAUCAGUGUUGAAGACAUGAAUGAGUUAGAACGGCAGUUCCUUGAAAUGUUACAGUUCAAUAUCAAUGUUCCUGCCAGUGUUUAUGCAAAGUACUACUUUGAUUUGCGUACACUGGCUGACCAGAAUGAUCUUACUUUUCCAUCUGAACAACUCAGUAAAGAAAGAGCUCAGAAACUUGAAGCAAUGUCUCGAAUAUGUGAGGACAAACUGGCUGAACUCCACAAGAAUGGCUUCAAAAAGUGGUCGAGCUUAGACAACAUCACCAUCUUAAGAAAGACCAAUGCUAUUCUUUCCUGACAGCCUUGGUUGUUUUGUAAAAUUCUUCAUGAUGUACAGCUUUGUUGUAAAAACAUAAUCAGUUUCUCUCACAUGAUGCUAGCCUGCACUUUUUAGUAAAAGAGAGAAAAGAGAUUGGGAUGUUGAAUAACCUGGUUGAAAUGUAUUCCCAAAAUAUUUUUAAAACUACCCCAGUACAAGUUGUUUAAAGAGGUCUGUUAAUGAGUCUUAAGGAGUUUUUAUAUAAUUGAUUUGAACGGCAUUAAGAAAAAAACAACAGUUCUGGUGACAUUUCCACCUAGAGUGAUAGUGUAGUGUGAAAGUGGUGUUUUUUGAGUUAUAAGAUGUGCAUUUACAAAAGAGGAACAUUUUAUGGUUGAUCAGACUUCCAGCUGUACAUAGGUUUUAGUGAGAACUGAGAAAGAUUACACCCACUGUUCUAGCAGCAUGUAACUGAUAUUUUCAUCUUUUUAUUUUUCAACAUUUAGUGCUGAAUUAUUAUGACUCAUCAUGAUAUCUGAAAUUAUAUUAACUUUAAUAAUAUGAUUUAAGUGAUGGUGACUUAGGGUUUAUUAUACUGUGUAUGAUGAUAGAAAAAUUUUGGCUUGGAUAUGAAUUUAAAAUGCAUCACUAAACAGCAACUGAAGAUUUUGAGCUGUUUAAUGAAAAUUAUUGUGUGGUAUAAUCUUGUUUAAUAUUUUAACAAUAAUGGUAGCUAGUAAACAGGUACUUUCUAUGUCACUGAUAUUUAAAAAUGCCAUGAAACUAGUGACAAGUAUAGACUACAGUAACAUUAAUAAUUACCAAACAUACCUACAUGUUUUAUAUUGCUUUAAGGUAACUAAAAAACAAAGCAUGCUUAGUAUCUAAAAGAUCUGUCAUCCUUCACAAAAGAUUUUAUACAUAUUGACUACUAGUUUAAAAAGGUAUGUAUUUACCUGCGAGUUGCCUUUGAUUUUUGUAACACAUUAUUAUUAUAUCAUUUAUUUUUUAGUGCAGUUACAGAAUGAAACUGAUUGUUUAAAAAUGGUACUUGCUUUGUGAUUCUGUUUGUAAUUACAGAAUAUUCUUAGUUAAACUGAAGUUAAACAUCUUUGUAAAUAAGAAGCAAUGUACAGGUCCUUUUGUUUGGGAGAGCUUCAUUAAAAGUGUUUAACACUUAUGAGUUGGCACAGUUUUUGUUUUUUAAUGUACUAAGUGCUUUUCAAUUAUAUACACAUUAUGCUAUGCUCAGAACUGUUAGUUAACCCAUUGUGAUAACAUGCUUUUUUUAAUAAAGUUAGUUACUUCAUCAGAGAAGUUAAUUUAAACUGACAGAAAAAUGAACUUGAAUUUUGAUAGUUUAUUAGGAAACACAAACAAUAAAGUGAAUAGUCAAGUGACAGUUUUAAUAUGUAUUAGUAACUUUCAUUACAUAGGAUAUCAUCUUAGUCUUCCUAUGCAUAAAAACAUUAUUUUCCUAUGAGCUGUCAUAUUUUAGGAAUCAAAAUGUUUUUAUUUCCAAUUCAACAGUUUUUUUUGUGAAACUAAGAGAAUCCAGUACAAAGUACAUGGGUAAAUUUUGUUUACUGAUAAAAACGGACAUUGUUGAUUUGAUUUUUAUUAUUUGAGUUCAAGUAGAUAAGAUUCUUGAAUGCCAUACAAAAGCCUUGUUUUUUUGGUUUUUUUCUAAGUUUCUGUUAAAUGCCAAUAUUAAUCUGCUUGGAUUAUCUCAAAAAAUGUGGCAAAUGUAUAUAAAAUAUUUUCUUUCUUUUUUUUUGUGGGCUGAGAUAAAGUGUCUGUUGUGUAUUAAAGCAAGAGUUAACUUUUAUUUUGGGAGUAGACUGAGGAUAGGGUCAGAUUUUAAUGCCCUAAAGCUAACAAUGUUCACAUGCAUAGACAAAAUCUAAAAGUACUUUUAAUAAAGGUUUAUUUUUUGUAUAUUUAUUUGUGUUUGCUAGACACAAAACUUAAUGUAGAUAUGUAGGGGUGGGGCACAUCUUCAGGUCUCUAUUACAAACUCUAACAAAAUAUAGUUAAAUAGCCGAAAGUUAUGCUUAAAGCAGUUUACUGCAUUAAAGGACAAUUCUUUGGUUACUACUAGUAUUUUGUCUUUAUUAACUUUUUUUUUUCAUCUGUAUAUACUUAAACUUACUGGUAUUAAUGCAUGCAUUUGCAAAUGUUAAAUUCUGUAGAAGAGAAACAGUGUAAACAUUUAUUUAAAAAAAAUUGUAGGAAAAUAUUAUGUAUAUCCAUUUUCAACGUGUAUGACCCUUAUGGUUUAGAAAUGUAUGAAAAAUUGCUUCAGAAUUAGGGUUAAGAUGUUAAUGUAUCUGUGAAUAACCAUACAGUGUCCUUUAACUAUUAUUUGCUCCAAGUGCUGGCUUUUUUUUUUAUAUCAGUAUACUAGUUUUUCAUUUUGACCAACAAGUAAAAUAAAAAUUUCUUCAGCAAAAAUAUAUGAUUUGUCUGAUU